UGAAGAAAACAAAGACAUCAGAGAGUAUAAAAUCCCUCGGGUAGUCUGCACUCAGUCACGGCGAAGCUCGACAGACACGCGCACGCUCUCUUCCCUCGCGCUCGUGUUUUAAAGUUCCUCGCGCGCAGGUGCUGUGUGGGGCUCGGAGUCUGUGGAUGAUGCGGUCCGCACAAAUUCUCACUGCAGUCUUGUACUGCCUAGUGUGCGUUUACUCUCUACCGGUGCCAGAAGUAAAAAACAGCCACAGGUAUAAAGAUGCGGACUGGCCUCAGAAGACCCAUCGCCAGGGCUUUAAAAAGAGGGGCCGACUUCAUCAUGUUCAGGACACGCUGGGUGAAGACUUUGGGAAUAAGAGAAUCAAGCCACACUUGACGCUACCCAAAAAUGGUACGGACUGGAACAGACCGCGUUGUGGAGUCCCAGACUACCCCUCGCAGAAGGAAGGGAACUCCUUUCACUACUCAACCCACAAAGGAGGCUUGCUUGAAGGUCGUCAUCGUCGAAAACGCUUUGUUUUGUUUGGAGGACGAUGGGAUAAAACAGACCUCACGUACAAGAUCAUGCGCACGCCUUGGCAGAUGAGCGUCGAGAAAGUCGGACGUGUGCUGCAGGAGGCCAUGCGGGUCUGGAGCGACGUCACACCGUUGACCUUUACCGAAGUCACCAGCGGUCGGGCGGAUAUCAUGAUCGACUUCAACAGAUACUGGCAUGGAGACAACCUUCCUUUCGAUGGCCCAGGAGGAAUUCUGGCCCACGCGUUCUUUCCCAGAACAUAUCGAGAGGGAGACAUCCACUUUGACUAUGAUGAGUCUUGGACAGUGGGCAACAGCAUGGGUACUGACCUCCUUCAGGUUGCUGCUCAUGAGAUCGGUCAUGUUUUAGGACUGCAGCACUCUAUGGAACCAGGAGCUGUGAUGUCACCUUUCUACUCCUUCUCAUACCCACUCCAGCUGAGUGAAGAUGACAAGCGGGGCAUACAGUCCCUAUACGGCGCCAAACAUACGGAUGAGAACGUAGAGAAAAAUGAGCCACCGCCUGAAAUCCCAGAAACCAACGAGAUUGAAAUCACAAUACCUGAUGCUUGCCAAACAGAUUUCGAUGCAGUAUCUAUGAUCCGAGGUGAGCUGUUUUUCUUCAAGUCGGGUUACGUAUGGCGGAUCCGUGAUGGUAAACUCCAGGCUGGAUAUCCUGCGCUGGCAUCCAGGCACUGGAGAGGAAUCCCAGAUAAAAUUGAUGCUGCUUUUGAGGACAGAUCUGGAAAUAUCUGGUUCUUCCAAGGGGAGAGUUACUGGGUGUUUGACGGGGAGCGGCAGAUCACUGGGCCGGACUCUGUACAGCGUCUUGGUUUUACCGUGACCGAUAUCCAGGCAGCCCUCAUGUGGGGUGAAGACAAGGCACAGAAGAUCUAUCUCUUUAAAUCAGGCAACUAUUGGCGUUUCAACCUGCUGGAAAACCGUGUAGAUAUGACCCACGCUCGCAGCAUGAGGGACUGGAGAGGCAUACCGAAUGACAUAGAUGCCGCUUUCCAAGACCGUUAUGGCUUUGCACACUUCUUGAGAGGAAACCAGUACUGGAAAUUUGAUCCAGUCGAAGUGAAAGUACUGGAAGGUUAUCCCCGUUUCACUGGCAUGGAUUUCUUCGGUUGCUCCGCAGCCUUGUAUCGAUAACUUGGCAUAAUCCUAAAUUCAUCACUGAUUUCUCCUGCUCUUUUUAAUACAUCUAAUUCCCCCUGCAGUCACACAUGAUUAACACUGAACCAAAUAAGGUCUAUUAGGUUUAGAAAUGUUCAGGUAGAGUGUCAGACAUAUUUGACAAUCGGAUUUUGCUGACAGUUCGAGCAGGUACCGUGUAUCUGCCCCAUUUGUAUAACCCAAGGUGCUAUUUCAUGUUUACCAUGCCACUUUUCUGUGACUGAAACAUGAAAUGAAUUGUUGAUGGAUGUCUCAUUUAAAUAUUUGCAUCUUCCCAAAUGACUCUUCUCUCUCAGGAAAUGCAGGAAACUCUGGUUUUACAUAUUUUAUGUGUAGUUGAUUAUUUAUUGUGUGUAUAUUUUGUUGGCAGUAUUGAUAGUGUUAGGAAAGUGUAACAGCCAUUCUUAUUGAGUAGUACUCCAAAUUUUGCUGUUAUAUAAAUGACAGUGAUUUUAAAGAAUCAAAGGACUGUUCUGGUUUCCAAAAGUGUCAAGAGCAUUUGGAAAAUAAUUUUGGCCACAUUCAAUAUCCACAUUUCUUUUCAUAUCAGCAGUUUUAGUUUGUGAGCACUUUUGGUACAAAUAUAGAUGCUAAGAAAGAGAACAUACUUCAUGUACAUUAUAGUAUUCUUAACAUAACAAUUCAUUGCUGAGUUAUUCAUUGCAGUCACCAACAAGGAUAAACCACACUGGUGUUUAGGUCACUGCUGACAUUAUGUGGGUUUUGUUGUUUCAUAGUUGUUCAUGAAGCCUCUUAUGUAGCAAUAAAGGUCAUAAGUUCUCAGACUGCCAUUUAUUUUGGACAUUCUAAAGCUGAAUUUGAUUUGUGGAAACAUUGAAGUGAUUUAAAACUACAACUCAUGAUGAACUUUGAACAUUAGGAUUAAUUUAUAUAAGAAGUCUGAAAGACCUGUUCAUGAAUAUUCAUAAUGUGUAUGUAACAGUGCAGGUCACUGAUGCAAUUGUUUGAGUCUCUUACCAUAUCAUGUUGAAUCAUUACAAUAAACUUUCUGCAUUGUGGGGAUAUUGAGGUAAAGAAUCAUUUUGGUUCUCACAAAGCACUGGUAAUUUGCUUUUAAUUCACUGUUUUAUAUAUAUGUGUGUCAUGUAACCAGUUGUUUUUCAUGUUAUUGUUUUUAAUGAUUCAUUUACUGUGUAAAUUUUUUGUUAAAAUAAUUUUGUUAUAUUUUCAGCUCCAAUAAAAGCGUCUCUUUGUU